AUGACUCUGCUCGCGAGCCGAACUAUUUCGAGUGCUCAGCGGGAAGAAAAGAUGGCGCUGUUUCAUGCCUGGCGCGGAUUACUCCUCCCUCCCUCCCAUUUCGCAUUUCGCACUCACGCAGUCGUUCUUGAGCGUUAUGCCCAACGGGCUUUCCCCUUCGCGCGCUCCUUAGUUAUCCGACGAUUCCACGAUGAGAAACCCCCUACAUUCUCGGUAGCCUCUGUAGCAAUGGGCAAAAAAAUCAUGGAAUUGCCUUCCACAGCGAAAGAAUGGCAUACGUUCGCGGAUCAACAUGGGGUGGAGUCAACCUCAAUCCAAGAUCUUAAAACCUUCAAUUCGGCAUCAAAAAUCAAAGAGGCGCAAUUUCUGGCGCUACAUGUUCUUUGGAAAUCGUAUGCGCCCGACGAAAUCGAUCUUGAAAAAGAGUAUGAUAUCAAAUACCGCACCGAAGACCUUAAGGAUCUGGCCUGGAGCAAAUACUGGGGGCCAUACCUCCAAGAGAUAUCAAAGGGAUUCGAUGGGAAGACCGAUCUAGGAACGUUUGACUUGCUUUACGACUUCCAGCGCGAUAUAAAAAACUCAACACUUGGGCCACAGGAAACGAAGAAGGUGUUUUUUAAUGUUACAACUCGGCUGCAACGCAAGGCUGCGGGGGAAAAUAAUUCUCCUCCUUCCACACCCAGUCGUGCCUCGAGGAGCCCCAAUCCGGGGUCAGACGACCUGGAGGUGGGAUCCCUCGAGAACGAAAUGAAAGAGCUAUACAUUGACGACAUGAGUUCUGUCGGAUCCCCUCAAUCUCUGGGGUUGAGAAGUGUCAUCGAGUCCAUUUCACCGGUAACCAGUGAUGAGGCAAAGUGGUUGCCCCUGGUUAAAGAUGAGCAGAUCGUGAACACAGCUCUCAUUCUCCUUUUGCGAGGAUUAUGCAUGCGGAUGCCUGGUUUCACGAAUGCAAGAUGGUCUCUUGAGCGGAAAGCGUUUCGCAUUAGACAACACAAAUCUCUCGACAAGGAAAGCCUUUAUGAGGCACGAACGGACGGCCACCUCGCAUUCUUUACUGAAAAUACGCCACGAUCAUUAGCCAUCCUGGAAGUUAAAUCUCAGGUUAGAGGAAAUGCCGAACCAUGGAUGCAAGAAAGUGCCGCAGAUGGCUGCUUGGAUCUACGAUGA